AUGGCACCACCGCAGCCGUCUCUACUAGGGAACACGGUCAGCAUCGGCUCCGGGCAACGGCGUCGCCACCACAGCUACUCUCCGGCGCCGCUCGUGCCGAUACCUUUCGCCUGCGGCAACGAGACGCCACCGGAAUGCCCUGGGACACCAGCACUGCCGCCACCGUCGACGACGACGAUGCUGCCACCGCCCGGCGACGACCCGACGCUGUCGUGUCCGGACUACUUCCGGUACAUCCACGACGACCUGCGGCCGUGGCGUGGCGCCGGGAUCACGCGGGAGGCGGUGGAGCGCGCGCGGCCGCACGCCUACUUCCGGCUGGUGGUCGUGGGAGGGCGCGCGUACGUGGAGACGUACCGGCGCGCGUACCAGACCCGGGACGUGUUCACGCAGUGGGGCAUCCUGCAGCUGCUGCGCCGCUACCCGGGCCGCGUCCCGGACCUGGACAUCAUGUUCGCCUGCGACGACCCGGGCCAGGUGCGCGCCGCCGACUUCCCGACACCGUCGGACGCGCCGCCCGUGUUCCGGUACUGCAAGGACGCCCUGACGCUCGACAUCGUGUUCCCGGACUGGUCCUUCUGGGGCUGGCCGGAAGUGGGCAUCCGGCCGUGGCCGCGGCUGCUGGAGGAGGUCAGGCAGGAGAACGAGCGCGUGCGGUGGCCGGAGAGGCAGCCCUACGCGUUCUGGAAGGGCAACCCUGAGGGGUACCGCAUACGCCACGAGCUCCUGAGAUGCAACGCCUCCAACGGCCAAGAAUGGAAUGCCCGCCUCUUCACCCAGAACUGGCAUUAUGCAAUUCAAAACGGGUUCCAAGAUUCGAGAAGACCUAAGCAAUGCAUUUACAGGUACAAGGUUUACGUGGAGGGGAACGCGUGGUCGGUGAGCGAGAAGUACAUCCUGGCGUGCGACUCGCCGGUGCUGUUCGUCACCACGCCCUUCCAGGACAUCCUGUCCAGGGGUCUCGUCGCCGGCAAGCACUACUGGCCCAUCAACCGGGAGCACAUCUGCAAAUCCAUCAAGUUCGCCGUCGACUGGGGCAACGAGCACCCAGCGCAGGCGCAGCUCAUCGGCGAGCAGGGCAGCCAGUUUGUGAGGGAGGAGAUGAGCAUGGACUACAUCUAUGACUACAUGCUGCACCUGCUCACCGACUAUGCCAAGCUGCUCCGGUACAAGCCUACCAUACAGGAGAACGCCGUGGAAAUCUGCACAGAAUCCAUGGCCUGCCCCGCACAGGGCCUGCACCGGGACUGCAUGAUGGACUCCAUGGAGAGGCACGUCGCAGGCUUCGACCCAUGCACACUGCCGCCACCAUUCACCGCUGAGGAGGCCAAGGCAAUAGCUGACAGGGAGGCGGAGGUGCUGAGGAAGGUAGAGAAGAUGGAGGGCUAG